UUCAGUUUUACGACGGAAGUUCCUGCCAAAUUUGAAGUUUAUUUUGUUAACGAUCGUAACGCGUAAUGAUUCGGCGUUAAACAACACAAAGUUUACGAGUUAUUUAUUACUCCUAGAUAUUUAAAUUAUCAACUAAAUAUAUAACUUGCUUGAAAAUGUCAAAGUGGUUCAUAUAAACUUUAACUUCAAUUAAAAAUGACUUUUAUAAGCGGUCUACUAGCAUUUUUGAAAAUCAUUUCUACGCUUGAUGCAGCUCGAAUAAAUCAACAAAAAGAUUUUAACAAUAAUUCAUUGCAUAAAGAGACUGACUUCAAUAUUCAAAAUAGUAUAAUUCAGCAACAAUCAGAAAACCAGUGGUUUAAAAAUGGUGUAGAAACAAUAAAAAAGAAAUUAAGAGUAAAGAAAAUAAAUAAAAAAGCUAAAAAUGUCAUUUUAUUUAUUGGUGAUGGUAUGGGACCUUCAACAGUAACAGCUGCUCGUAUACUUGAUGGGCAAAAGAAAAAAAAGAAAGGUGAAGAAAAUGUUCUAAGCUGGGAAGAGUUUGAUAAUGUUGCUCUAUCAAAAACUUACAAUGUUGAUGCUCAAGUUCCUGAUUCUGCGGGCACUGCAACAGCAUUCAUGUCAGGAGUAAAAACAAAUAUGGGUACCAUUAAUGUGAAUGAGAAUGUUACAUAUAAAGAUUGUGCAUCAUCUAUUGGUAAUGAAGUUUUGUCACUGGCACAGUAUGCAGAGUUAGCUGGAUUAUCAACUGGUGUAGUUACUACAACACGUCUAACACAUGCAACUCCAGCUACAGUUUAUGCAAGUUCUGCCUCUAGAAAUUGGGAACAUGACAAAACUGUUAACGAUUCUCGAUGCAAAGAUAUAGCAAGCCAACUGAUUGAUAACAAGUAUGGAGAUGGUCUUGAAAUUGCUUUUGGGGGAGGACGCUGUUCUUUCCUUCCUGUAACAACUAAAGAUCAUACAGCAACUUCAUAUGGCUUAAGAGGAGAUGGUAGAAAUCUUCUUGAAGAAUGGGAGAAAAAAACGAAUCAAAAUGCAAAAUAUGAAUAUGUGACAAACGCUUCUCAAUUAAAAAGUUUAAAACCAAAUGAAGUUGAUCAUUUGCUCGGAGUUUUCAGCUAUGAUCACAUGAACUAUUCUCAUUAUCGAUUAAAUGGAACUGAUGAGCCUUCAUUAGUUGAAAUGGUUGAGUUUGCUGUUAAAGUACUCAGUAAAAAUUCAAAAGGAUACUUUUUAUUAGUUGAAGGUGGUCGAAUUGAUCACGGGCAUCAUGCAAACAAAGCAUUUCAUGCUCUUCAUGAUACAGUAGAAUUAAAUGAUGCUGUUCAUAAAGCAAAAGAGAUUACUGAUUCAGAUGAGACUCUCCUUAUAGUUACAGCUGAUCACUCACAUGUAUUUACAAUAGGAGGGUAUCAAAGUCGUGGCAAUCCCAUUUUCGGUUUGGUCAACAAUGAGAAUGAUGUUGCGCUUGACAAAAAACGAUACUCAACUCUAGGCUAUUCUAACGGACCUAGUGGUAAGAUUAAUGGAAAAAGAAAGAAUAUUACUCAAGCUGAUCUUAAUGAUCCAGAUUCUAGAUAUCAAAGCUUGGUACCUCUAAAAGAUGAAACCCAUGGAGGAGAAGAUGUUGGUAUUUACGCUCGUGGACCUCAGGCGCAUUUAGUUUCAGGAGUUGUUGAGCAAAACUAUAUAUUUCACGUUAUGGACUAUGCACUUUGUUUGACUGAAGAAAAGAAGUACAUAUGUAAACAAGAAGGAUUAAUUUAAGUUUGAAGUUAUUUUUUGUAGCUUAUAUAUUUUUAAGUUUAUAAUUCAGAAAAGGCAAAGUUUUUGUAAAA